AUGGCAGAAUCCAAGCCAUGUGGACAAUCUCUGCCCAGCAAAGCCCGGCAAGACUUGGUCAACACCGAGGGGCGACUCAGGAGUUUCGAGAGCCUGGUGCACGCCAGCCCCAAAGCCAUCCGCAGCCCGAAGACGCCGCCGCCCGGCGAUCCCGACAGGAAGAGCCCCUCGAGCCCUCUGAGCCCUCUGAGCCGCGGACUCAGCUUCUUCCCGGAGGAAAGGCUCGAGGAGCUCGGAGAGCGAUCGAAUCGGGAGAAGCGCGUGCAGAGCUCCAAGCGCUCGGUGCACUUUGACCGCCCGGCAAGUUCGUCUGCGUCUUUGUCAGGGAACGCCAGCAGUUUGCUGAGCAGGUUCCUGGGCCGCGCCGCCGGCCCCAGCCCCGACGCUUCCCCGGUGGAAGCCGCCCGGCCGAGCGCGGCGGAAGCCACGCGCAGGGCGGUGCGCGAGCGGCUGGCGCGGCAGGAGGAUCGCGGCGUGGUCCCCAAGGCGAAGAUGGAGAUAGCGCCGCUGCCGGUGCUGCUGGGCUCCCAGCCGGUUCCGGCCUCGGGUUUCGGCGCGGGCGCGCAGGACUCCUGUGCCGUGGCAGCUCGGCGGGCGUUCCUGGCGUACCAGGAGCGCCGCGCGAGCCGCGCUAUGACCAACUUCGUGGUAUGA